AUGCAUUCUGAAGGUACAACUUCUUCUCGAAGUUCUUCAGAGAUUAACCCAUAUACAGGUAAUCCAUAUUCGGAAACAUACAAAGAAAUACUCGAAACUCGAAAAAAACUUCCCGUUUAUGAACAUCGAAUGGAAAUUAUCGCAGCAAUUAGAGACAAUCCAAUUGUGAUCAUAGAAGGUCAAACAGGUUCAGGUAAAACCACUCAAAUUCCUCAAUUUGUUCUCGAAGAAGCAUUAUCACCAUACGGAAAAAAAAUUGUUUGUACACAACCAAGAAGAGUUGCUGCUAUCAGUAUUGCAACACGUGUAGCACAAGAAAUGGAUGUCAAAUUAGGUUUAUAUGGAAUUUCAGCCGGUAGAAUGAGCACAUCUCUUCCAUUGAGAAACAGGAAUUACACAUGCAUUUAG